CUAUGACUCGUGAUCAUCUGACUGACCGUCACGCAAAGGAUUGCCAGAGCUAAAAGCUCAUAACAAGCAGCGAUUUUUUUCGUUUUUAUUUAUUACCGACUGAGAUCUUCUCGCCUUAAUUCAAUACGAAGGAGAUGCACCAGUGAUCUGUUGUUUUGGACAAUCCAGCACAAUGUCAGGGAACAACCUGGUUCUACCUAUUGUACUAUGGGGCCGCACCGCUCCAACCCACUGUAUCAGCAGCCUGUUGGUGAUGGAUGACUUUAGCACAAUCAUCACUGGUUGCCAUGACGGACAGAUCUGCCUUUGGGACAUGACGCCGGAGCUGGAGAUUUGUCCCAGGGCCAUGUUGUUUGGUCAUACGGCCUCCAUCACGUGUCUGUCUAAAGCGAGCGCCUGCAGUGAUAAACAGUACAUUGUCAGUGCGUCAGAGAGUGGGGAGAUGUGCUUAUGGGAUGUAAAUGAUGGCCGCUGUAUUGAAUUUACAAAACUGGCUUGUGCUCACACCGGCAUACAGUUCUAUCAGUUCACAAUCAGUACUCAGCGAGAAGGUCGCCUCCUCUGUCAUGGUCACUACCCAGAGAUUCUUGUGGUAGAUGCCACCAGUCUGGAGGUGUUAUAUUCGCUGGUGUCCAAAAUCUCCCCAGACUGGAUCAGCUCCAUGAGUAUUAUCCGAUCACACCGCACACAAGAGGACACAGUUGUGGCAGUGGCAGUAACAGGCAUUUUAAAAGUCUGGAUCAUCACAGCAGAGGUCAACAGGAUGCAGGACCUGGACCCGGUGUUUGAAGAAGAGUCCAAACCCAUUUACUGUCAGGGUUGUCGGAGUAUUUCCUUCUGUACGUUCACUCAGAGCAGCCUGCUGGUGGUCUGCUCCAAGUUCUGGAGGGUUUUUGAUGCAGGAGACUAUUCACUGCUCUGCUCCGUGGCCAGUGACAAUGACAAGGCCUGGGCUGGAGGAGAGUUCAUUGCAGCAGACAAAGUCAUCAUCUGGACUGAAGACGGCUGCAGUCACAUCUAUAACUUACCAGCCAGCUGUCUCCCUGCUAGUGUGCAUUUCCGAAGUGAUGUGGGCAAAAAAGAAGGCUCAGUCCCGCCACUGAUCUACACCAUAGAGAAUCUAACAGACAAUCAGCUCCUGAUAUGUCCUCCUGUGACUUGCUUCUUUUUUGGUCGACGGGAGCCUUUCCACAAGCUACUUAUCCAGGGAGACUCUGCAGGCAGACUGUCUUUGUGGAGCAUCCCGGACUCUUCGCCUCCACGGCCACUGUCGACUCCUGCAGAGUUGCAAGUCUCAUCCACCAUCAGUCUCCAGGAGGCGUUUAAUAAAUUGAUGCCUGUUUCUUCUGGUAUCAUUGACCAGCUCAGCAUUCUCCCCAACAAAGAGGAACCCAUUAAGGUGACGGCUAGCGUCUACAUCCCCUCCCAGGGUCGACUAGUGUGUGGAAGAGAAGAUGGCAGCAUUAUUUUGGUUCCGGCUACUCAAACCGCUAUCGUUCAGUUGCUGCAAGGAGAACACAUGCUUAGGAGAGGAUGGCCACCCCAUCGUACUCUACGAGGUCACAGGAAUAAAGUGACGUGCGUCCUGUAUCCAUACCAGAUAUCGCCCCGCUACGACCAGCGCUCUUUGGUGUCGGGUGGGGUCGACUUCUCUGUCAUUGUGUGGGACAUUUUCACUGGAGAGAUGAAGCACAUAUUCUGUGUCCAUGGAGGAGAGAUCACCCAGCUCAUUGUCCCACCAGAAAAUUGCAGCACUCGGGUGCAACACUGUGUCUGCUCCGUUGCCAGUGACCACUCGGUUGGCCUGCUCAGUCUUAGGGAAAGGAAGUGCAUCAUGCUUGCAUCGCGGCACUUGUUUCCAAUCCAGGUCAUCAAGUGGCGCCCUGCUGAUGACUACCUUGUUGUUGGAUGCUCUGAUGGCUCUGUUUAUGUCUGGCAGAUGGAUACAGGAGCCUUGGACCGCUGUGUGAUGGGUAUAACAGCCGUAGAGAUCCUCAAUGCCUGUGAUGAGCUGGCUCCGGCCACCGUCGAUGCCUUGAGCCAUUCGGCAGUGAACCUGAAGCAGGCAAUGACUCGCCGGAGCCUGGCGGCACUCAAGAACAUGGCUCAGCACAAACUACAAACACUUGCCACCAAUCUGCUGGCGGCAGACAAUGCUGACAAGGGGAACCUGCCCAAAUACUCCCACAAUGCACUGGUGGUCCAGUCAAUGAAGACCAACCUCACGGACCCUGACAUGCAUGUAUUGUUCUUUGACGUGGAAGCAGUGAUCAUCCAGUUGCUGACAGAAGAAGCUCAGAGGCCAAAUCCCAUGCUGGUGUCCCCUGAGACACUCCAGAAAAGCCAGGCCGGGGCCGACAAGGGAGGCGCUUUCCUUGCCAACAAGAUUUUCAAGCAGGUAAAGGAGACAAUGAAGGAGACCAUCAAGGAGCACCUGCUGGAUGAAGAUGAAGAAGAGGAGGAGGAGAUGAGGAGACGCGAGGAGAAGUCAAAGUCUCUGAGUCUUCUGGAGUACAACCUGACAAUGGACACAGCCAAACUCUUCAUGUCCUGCUUGCAUGCUUGGGGUCUCAACGAGCAGCUGGACGGGAUCUGUCUAGAGAGACUUGGCAUGCUCAGACCACACUGCCCCAUCUCUUUUGGCCUCAUCUCAAGAGGUGGUCACAUGUCUCUCAUGCUGCCCACCUUCAAGGAGUCUUUGCUGCGGCAGUUGUCGCUUGCAACAGGCCGGAAGCUGACAUUGUCAGACAUUGUUGGCAAGGGGACAUACGGUGUGUCAAGGGCGGUCACUACGCAGCACCUCCUGUCCGUUAUUUCUCUGGCCAACACUUUGAUGGGCAUGACCAAUGCCACCUUUGUCGGCGAGCACAUGAAAAAGGCACCAGCCAGGCCUCCCAGACCAGGAGGAACCCCGGAGAGUCCUCGUAGGAUGCCGGCCACACCCCCUCAGCCCUCCAACCCGGCGCUACAAGCUCAGAUCAAACAAGCUGCGGUAGCCAGCACAGCCAGCACCAACGUUUCUGCUAGCGCUACAACUGCUGGGCCCAAGGGGGCCCCUGGGGUUCUUUCUCAGAGGGCCCCUGGCUCCCCCAGCCCAGGUCCUGCUUCUCAUAGCUUCCCUUCAGUCAAUGAAGGCUGGAGCCAGCUGGCAGCUAUGCACUGUGUCAUGCUCCCUGAUCUCUUGGGCUUGGAUAAGUUUAGACCUCCACUACUAGAGAUGCUGGCAAGGAGAUGGCAAGACCGCUGUCUAGAGGUGCGUGAAGCAGCCCAAGCUUUACUGCUAGCCGAGUUGAGAAGGAUCGGCCAAUCGGGACGUAAGGACACCAUUGAUUUGUGGGCUCCUUACCUGCCUCAAUAUGUGGACACAGUCAGCUCCCCCGGCACAUCCACUGAACCCUCAACUCCAGCCCCACCUCCUCCUGAAGCUCAACCACUUGAGGUCAAGGCUCCCGAGGAGGAAAUGGAUACGACGGAUGAUGACAUCACUGCAGGGUGCCUCUCAAACCUUCCACCAAAUGCCAAGAAGAUCUCCAACUCAUACGAGGAGCGCCGGAAACAGGCCACCGCCAUCGUGUUGCUGGGUGUCAUCGGGGCAGAGUUUGGGGCCGAGAUUGAACCUCCAAAAGGCGCAGCACGUACUCGGGCCGGGCAGGUCCCCGAAGGCUUUGGACCAACAAGUGGCGGUUCUUCUAAUUAUUCCCUGGCAAGACACACAUGUAAGGCGCUGACUUUCCUGCUACUGCAGCCCCCCAGCCCAAAACUGCCACCACACAGCACAAUCCGUCGCACCGCCAUCGAUCUGAUCGGCCGAGGCUUCACCGUGUGGGAGCCGUACAUGGACGUGUCUGCGGUGCUCAUGGGACUGCUGGAGCUCUGUGCUGAUGCUGAGAAGCAACUGGCUAAUAUUACCAUGGGGUUGCCGCUCAACCCACCGGCCGAUUCAGCUCGCUCGGCUCGACACGCCCUCUCUCUUAUUGCCACCGCCCGUCCGCCAGCUUUCAUCACCACCAUUGCGAGAGAGGUCCAUCGAUUCAAUGCAGCCCAGGCUAACUCUCAGUCGCAGCAGAACGUUCACACCACCACUCUGGCCCGAGCCAAGACUGAAAUCUUGAGAGUGAUUGACAUUCUAAUAGAGAAGAUGCCUGGGGAUGUUGUAGACUUGCUCGUCGAGGUGAUGGAUAUCAUCAUGUACUGUAUUGAAGGGUCUCUGGUCAAGAAGAAAGGCCUGCAAGAGUGUUUUCCUGCUAUUUGCAAGUUCUAUAUGGUGGGUUACUGCGAUCGUAGUCACCGCAUCGCUGUCGGAGCUCGUCAAGGUUCGGUGGCCCUCUAUGAUGUUCGCACUGGGAAAUGCCAGAAUAUCCAUGGCCAUAAAGGCCCAAUCACAGCGGUGUCAUUUGCCCCUGAUGGCCGUUACCUGGCAACCUACUCCAAUGCUGACAGUCACAUCUCCUUCUGGCAGAUGAAUACCAGUCUGCUGGGCAGCAUUGGGAUGUUGAACUCAGCCCCUCAGCUUCGCUGCAUUAAGACCUACCAGGUUCCUCCGGUCCAGCCGGCAUCUCCUGGCUCCCAGAACCACUUGAAGCUCGCUCGCCUUAUCUGGACCUCCAACCGAAACGUCAUCCUCAUGGCACAUGACGGCAAAGAGCACCGCUUCAUGGUUUAAAUGAGAUCAAUACUAUGAAGUUAAGCUGCAGUUCAUAUGUAGAGCUCAUCGGCGUCCGGCUUCUUGGUUUUUGUGAAGUCGCUGUGAUACAGAUAGUAGACUGGGCACUGAAGUUUUAUUUUCAAAUAGACUGAAAUUGAAGGCUUAAAAGCAAUGAAAUCAUUUGAAUUAGAAAUUAGUGGGAUUCUUUUUUUUUUUUUUAUGAGAACCCAAUCUACAUUUAGGUUUAUAUGUGUAUAUAGUUUUGUUUUAUCUCCCACAGUCAGGGUCAUGAAGGAAUUCACUUGCUAAUAUAUUUGUUGGCUGAAACAUAAUGCCAUUUGUGUUAUGUUUUAGUAAUUUAUAACUCUAGUCAUUCCUAAUUAUUUGUUAGUUUUCUUUCUUAGUCACAAUUGAAGCCAUUAGCGGUCCACACAUUCAUUUCUAUUUAUUUAAUGUUGGCCCCUAUCAUGCCAGUAAAUUGGGUGUUGUUCAUUGUGUUGGUUUUUUUAGGACACGAUUUAAUUUUUAUGACCGAUAAAUCAUUUCACUUGACAUCCCUGAGCAGAUUUAUAAGUGGGCGCUGUUAAAAUAUGACUUGUGGUUUGAUUCUGCAUCGAUGUCAUCAUGCGUCGCUUUGGCAGUCAUUGUGCUGUCGUCUAUGGAGCAGAAUGGGUCAACAACGAUGGUCAUCUCUGAAAUUAAUCUUAAAGGUCACCCCGAUUGCUGUUAACAGGGCACAAUGAGAAAAUUUAGUUCGCUUUUCCUCCAUGGCGGUAUCCAGAGUCGUCAUUGUGUAAAUAAGAAAAUAUUUAUUAUUGUUGCCAUUAAUGGGCAUUUCAUUACAUGCAAUGAAAACAUGAAUUAAAAGUGUCCUGUUGUAGUCUUUAGGGUUCAAGACUUUGAUAUUUCAGCCCCUUUUAAAAACAUGGCUCACAUUUAAAUUUGUUCUCUUUCCACUGCUAAACCUCUAAUAAAUUCAACAGCCGUCAGAUGACCUUUCUUCCGUGUCAUGAUUCAAAACCAAAAUGGUCCUGGGUGUUCAUACAUUUCAAGAAAAACAGGAGAUGGUGUUUUAUCAUGUUGAUAACACAUAUGUCCCCUCAUUCCCACAUUUCUUCAUUUUCCUAGAUGAAAUUCCCACGUGUACAGUAUUAAUAUCAGAGCUUCCAUGUAAUGUAGUCUAGUAUUAGUCUUGCACGAUUUCCUAUUUGUGGUGUGUUUGACUGCCUGAAUGCCUGCAUGGCAAUGACUUCCUCUUGUUAUCUACACUAAAGCAAACAAAUUUACUAAUUUGACUACAGUGCAUAAUAACAAUUAAAAGAUCAUCUCAUCAUGUCUUUGUCCGUUACCAAUGUAGGUUUGCGUACUUGCUUCAUGAAACAUGAACAUUUUCUAAACACCUCAAUACAAUAUGUGUAUCGGGGAGAAGUAAUACACAUUUAAAGUAUUGUUCUCCUAAUGCUGUUAAAGAGGCUACUGACAACAUUCCCAUCUCAUCUGUUGUGAGGGAAGCAGAUAAAAGAAAAAAAAAAAAAAGAUCACGCUUAACAUAAUUCUAUGACAAUUACAGUAUGUGUCGUGUGCAAAUGACAUCACUGCUGUUUCUGGCUACAAGUUCCCCUGGGCACAAUUUUUUUUCUUAUUUUAUUUCAUGCAGACAUUUAUGCACAAAAUAUCCAUGGAUUAUGAAAAGGUUUUAAUCCCAUUUAGAAACUAUUUCUUAUUCUAUUUACCCUUCCACCCUCCCGACAGUCCUUGGAUCCUCCCUCUAGUUUCCUUCAGUUUUCAGUGAUGGUGUCAGAAAGCUUCUAACAGUGAUACGCACCUGUAAACACAAGUGUCAAAGCUUUUCACAAGUUUUGUCCCAGUUUAGAUGAAAAAAAAAAUCCCGUAGCUCAUAAAACUGCCCUUGAGACUUCCACUACACUGGAUAUAAAAAGUCUACACACCCCUGUUCUAAUGUCGGGUUUCUGUGAUAUUUAAAAAAAAAAAAAAAAAAACCUGAGACUAUUUUUAAUUUCAGAAUAAUUUCUAUUAUUAAUGUGACCACUCACUAGUAUAACUCAAUAGAUUUUUUUCUUUUCUUUUUGAGAACUUUUUUUAAUCACAGUCUGGCAUUUCAACAGCGAUGUGGAGUCUUUUUAUGUCUACUGUAAUUCUAGAGAGCAUUGAGAUCUCAAUCUUGGAUUUUCUCCAGUAUGCGCAAGGGUUUGAACAAAAAAACUGUUUUUGUCGGCCUCUCGAGGGAGAGAAGGUGAGAAAACGAAGGCAAAGAGAAAGAGCUGAAGAGUAAAUAACAAGUGAGGAAAACCAGUCAUCCAAAAAAAAUGAGAACAUUCCUUGAUGGAGGAAGUGAACCGAAAAAGCCUAAGUGGCAUGAUGCAAUGUGGUAGAAACCUUCAAGUUUACAACAUGUGAUAUCACAAUAUUUCCACUCAGCUGGAUUAUAAUGGUAUAAUCCUUUGUGUUUUCAAAUGAGUAAUGCAGUAAAAUACAAUAGCCCCCUCUCAAGCUUUUUAAAUGUUUAGUUUUAGUAACUUGGCCUGAGUUGCCGUAAGAUGAACAAACAUACUCUAAAAGAAAUAUUAAUUAUGGGGCAUUGUAUUAUACUGUAUGGCUGUACCUUAUCAAGUGGUUUGUGAGUGUAUAUUUCUGGGUAUUAGAAUAUUAACAUAUGUAUGUAUAGUGCAUGCAUGUGACCUCUGUAACCCAGUUUGAGUCCACUGUGUAUGAAAUAAAUGUGUAGUGGUACGCUGUGUUCUUGUUUUCACUAUGUGACUAAUAAAGAUGGAACUAAGAAAAA